AUCUGUCAGUGCAUUAUGAAUGUGUUAUGACAAUUUUAAUUAUGUAAACGUAAACGUUUAACGUGAUUUUCCCAUUUUAGUAAACCAGUGUACCUGUUGACCAUGAAAAAUAACCUCCCACACAUCCACAUAAAUGCAUCCCGUGUAUUGAUUUUUACUGCAGUUGAUUUACAUACAUACUUAAAGAAUAUGUAAGCAUUCAAAAAAUAUUCUCAAGGGAAAAAUGAAAAUGGAUUCAAAUUCAGAGAAGAAUGAGACACAGCAAAUCGUUAUCCAAUCAAAUAGUUACAAUGUGACUGUUAUACCAGUGGAAUUCAACAGGAAUAGGGUGUACAGCAAUACACAGAAUUCUGAUUACUCUGUGGACCAGUUUAGCGAAUACCAGGGAAGAACCCAUGACGAUUACGUGCAAACGGAAGAAUUAUCCUCAAGUCAGGGUGCCCUAUAUUCAGUUUCACAAAGACUUCCACUUGCCAGUACUAGUUACUCCAAUUUAUGUACCACAGAUGUAGGAUAUAAUACUGAGCAAGUGAAUUAUCCUGGGAUGCAACAGGAGUGGGAGAGAGAAAGGACAGUUUCUACGUCUGAUAAUAGUAAAGAUAUUAGCUCUGAUGCAUUGAGUGACAAACAGACUUCUGAAUCCAAUACUACUUCUGUUCCUAGUUCCACAGUCAGCAACAUUCCAACGGCAAGCAUAUUAGAAUCUCUGCAAGGUCCCAUAAUUCCCACCGGUGUUUUCUUGCACAGUCGUACAGCUAUAAUGAUGGAAAUUGAAGAUACACCCACAACAACCUGCGAAUUAAUGUGUCAGGCGAUCGUAAACAGCGAUGAAUUGGGACUGAAUAAACAGUUGGCAUCUCAAGUGUUUACGCUUUGGAUGGUGAGUCCUCUUCUAGAACUGCAACUCAAACCAUCCCACAGACCAUAUGAAACAAGACAAUAUUGGAGGGCCCUUGUGGAACAGUACAGUCAUGCGUCGUAUAAUAGGCAACAAAGGGAUGAACCGAAACUUAUAUUUCAAAGGAAUGUGUUCUUUCCACUGCAUCUGGAAGAAAAAAUAAAAGAUCAAAAAAUUCUCGAAUUGCUCUAUGAAGAGGCACGACACAACAUCCUGGAAGGAAGAUAUCCCUGUGAAGUGGUGCAUUACAUCAUGCUAGGAGGUAUACAAGCUCGAAUAGAACUGGGUCCUUACAAUCCCCAAGUACACUCUACGCAUUACUUUAGGGAGGAACAAAUCAAGUACUUACCGAUGCACGUGAGGAAAAGUGCCACAUGGACCUGGCUCCCUAUCAGUUCGAAGAACUCGGCAGAGGUACGUCUCUUGGAGCAGUUCAAGAGGAUUCCAAAUUCCGCCACCAACAGGAAGUUGAUGAAGAAGUACCUGGAAUUUUGCUGGUCCCUGCCUUUUUAUGGGUCCGCAUAUUUCGAGGGACAAGUAGAGCAGCCGGUUCGGGGCUUAACCUCCCUGAUGACCCACCAAGACAUUCCAGUAUUAGUAGCUAUUAACUCAAAAGGUCUCUACAUCGUAGACGAUCUUCAGUGUACCAUCUUGCUAGGCUUAAGAUUCGAAGAAUUCAGUUGGGAAUACGCGAGGCCCUCCAAAGAAGAAGACCCUAACUGCCUGCCGUGUCUCUUCGUGCAGUUUAUGGUCGUCGAGAACGGAGCAAGGGUGUCGAAGAUAUUGCAGGUGUUCUCUCGGCAGGCGAGCCUUAUGGACACGCUUAUCACGGUUUUUGUGACACAACUGAAGUCCAAAUCGAAUGAUGAACCCGAUAAAGCUUAUGAGAAUCAUAUUAGUAACGAAAACGAAACACAUUCCUCGCUGGUGAUGGGCACAACACAUUCAUCGACUCUACCUUCGCUGAGUAACAAACUCAACAGACUCACCCUUGCAACUUUUGACGAAGAUGGUCGUUGCGUUGGCCAGAUGGGCUCCUGGUCUUUUAGCUAUUAAUAUUCACUUUAAAAGUACAAAAAAACAUUCUCAUAAUUUUUAAUAUUCAUUCCGCAGUUAUAAUGAUUUCCAUUUUUUACUGAAUUCCGUAUUAGUCUUUAACAUCCCCUUUACGUUUAUAACCAAAGAUGUUUUAUUAUGUUUUACAUUUCAGUUAGCAGGGCAUAAUCUAAGGGUUAGUUCUAACCGAAAAGGCAGUUCUUAAAAAAAAAGUUAGUUCUAAAAGUUAAAAAGGGCAGUUGCAAAAUUUGAUUGCUUGAAGUACUAUGAAAUUGAAAUUUAAUCAAUACUUGUUAAAUGCCGGUCCUCUAAAAGGUUAAUAAAUAAAUGAUGUUGGGAACAAUUUAUUUCCACAAAUCGAAUUUUUCGGGCGCUUUCUUUGAGCUAGCAUAGGGUGAUUGAUUUUGGGUAGUUCUUAAAAUUCCUUAGAUUAUCUCCUGUUAGUUAGGUUAGGUUUUUGUUAACUUAUUGUUAAGAAAACAAAGCUUUAAUUUUGAUAGUUAAUGCAGCAGAGUAAAAUGCAGCUCCUUUUGAUGAUCAUUUGUUGAUAUUUGUUUACUUUACACAAGCUGGAAAUGUGUAUAUGAAAUAAAAUUUAUA